AUGGAAAUGUGGGACGCCUGGGCCAACGGAAGAGAACCACCAAGUGCGAUCCCUAUAUUCCCUGGGCUAUUUCCCAGGGCAAGUGGGACUUCCAAUAUCCCCAUAAGUUAUCCAUAUACCCCACUGGGAUAUCCUACCAUCUCAGCCCAUUUUGCUGGAACACCUUCCGAGGCUCACCCCCAGGUGUUAAUGUCAGGUGCGACCUCAAACAUAUUCACUGUGUCACCUUGUUCAGCUACGGCACAACCCACUCUACUCAGGCCUAGCUUCGAUCCAUCUUCCUUCACAUUUCAAGCACCAUCUUUCCCAAUGGAACCAACCCAGUUUACUACCAAUGCUUACCCUCAGCCGCAUCGGUACGAGUUUACUGCGGGGCAGGAGAAAACCACAAAAAACCUUGAACAAGAGGAGAUUACUAGAAAGAUGAGGAGUUUCAAAACCCUGAAGUUUGAAAAGUAUGACGGGCAUGGGGAUCCCAUAGCCCACCUUAAAAGGUACUGUAACCAAUUGCAGGGAGCAUGCAGAAAAGAGGAGCUUCUCAUGGCGUACUUUGGAGAGAGUUUGGUCGGCAUUGCUUCUGAAUGGUAUAUGGAUCAGGAUAUAUCUCGUUGGCAUAUUUGGGAUGACCUGGCUCGGGACUUUAUCAGGCAGUUUCAAUAUAACAUCGACAUUGCCCCGGACAGGAAUUCAUUGUCAAAUCUAAAAAAGAAGUCCUCGGAAAGCUUCCGCGAGUAUGGUGUCAAAUGGCGCGAACAAGCAACUAGAGUCAAGCCUCCAAUGGAAAAAACAGAGAUAGUUAGUGUCUUUCUUCAAACCCAAGAGGCUGAUUAUUAUCAGAACAUGAUGUCCGCGAUGGGGAAGCCGUUUGCCGAGGCCAUCAAAAUCGGUGAAAUGAUUGAGAAUGGUUUAAAAACAGGGCGAAUCUUGAGUCAGUCUGCUAUAAGGGCUACCUCACAAGAAACUCAAGGCGGGUCUGGAGGUGUAGCAAAUCGAAAGAAGAGGGAAGAAGCAGCAAUGGAAACUUCAAGUGUAAGAAAACACCAUCAACCUAGACCUUAUUUCCCUGAAAGAACCUUAUACCAUUACUACCCCCAUCAGGAUGUGGCCUAUGAUAUGGUUCCUCAGCCAUACGCAGUGAUGAAUGACCAACCCUACGUUAGGCCACAACAACAAUUCAAUCAAAACCGAGCUCCAUUUCCCGGAAAUCAACCUCCUAACCAAGCUCAGUAUAAUCCCCGACCUCCAUAG